AUGUUUUCAGUGCUUCUGGUGAAAGGAAGGAAUGGAAAGGAUUUGCUGAUGAUGGAAGGCUACACUUACUACCAGCAUAAAAUUUUAAGGGACGGCUUCCGAUGGAGUUGCACUCAGAUGGGUUCAAGGUCAUGCAGAGGAUUUCUACACGUGAACCACGAUAUGUUUGUACUCAGAGCCUUUACGGAACACACUCAUCCUCCACCUUGGAAGGCUCCUAAACACAGUAGGACUAAAGAUGUAAUGGAAUUCUACCUACGACCCAGCGGUAGGAUCAAUUUACGCCUCAACAACUUCACCUUCUACAAACACUUGAAGGCCAGGAGUAACGCUCACCGCUGGAGCUGCACCGCCUAUGGCUCCAAAUGGAAGUGCAAGGCCCACCUCAUAAUCACCGACCGCCUCGAAGUCUUAAAAGCCAACAUCUUCCACAGCCAUCCUCCAAGUCUAAAGAAAGAAAUGAAGGGUCCUGUACCGAAACUGAUGAAAAAGGAAGGAAAGCAAGAUACACAGAAUAAUACACAAUAUAUUACUCUGGUUCGUGGCUCCAAGCUCCUCCUCAUAAACGGGUUUACCUUCAACAAGAGUGGCUACAUACGCAAUCGAGGAUAUCGGUACACCUGUUCAUGGUACAAGAAGAACUGCAGGGCUUUCGCACAUAUAUCUCCGGAUGACGUCAUCCUUAAAGCUAAUUUAGAACAUAAUCAUUUACCCACACGAUAUGCUCAGGUUGAAGCUCAUUACAUAACUUUAGAGAAAGGAAACAGGCUGCUAAUGAUUAACGGUUACAGUUUCUCGAAGAACAGUAGGAUUGCUAAAGGCGGGAUUCGGUACGCCUGUUCCAGUCUACUGACCGAAAAAUGCAAAGCGUAUGCCCACAAAACCGGCGUGAAAAAACCACAGCGUUGUAUUUCGCCAUCUCAUUACAUAACGCUGCAGCGAGGUAGUAAGCUGUUAAUAUUCAACGGGCAUAGUUUCUCCACCCAUUAUACCAGCAAAACCGGUGUUAAGUACUAUUACUGUUCCUGUGCUAAUGCCAAGAAAUGCAGGGCGUACGUCCAUGUCAGCGCUGACGACGUCAUUAUUAAGUACGACAUCAAUCAUAUACAUGAACCUAUCAAGUAUUUGCAGUUGCGCAGCGGACGGUAUUGUAUACCACAGUUUGUGAAGACAUUACAAGGUGCUACACUUUUGCUUCUAGACGGGUUUACGUACAGUAAAAGAUGUCCCUUGGCCAAUGGGAGUAUUAGAUAUUCGUGUUCGAAAGCUUCGGCCGGUAUACCACAAUUCGUGAAGACAUUACAGGGUGCUACACUUUUGCUUCUUGACGGGUUUACGUACAGUAAAAAUUGGUGUAUGGCCAAUGGGUGCACUAGAUAUGUUUGCUCGAAGGCUUCAGCCGGGAACUGCAAGGCUCGCGUCUUCUUGAAUUUGGAUAAUCAAGUAUCUAGGUUCUUGAAGGGCCAUAAUCACGAACGUCCCAAGUAUAUUAUCACUCGAUCCGGACAUUAUAUCAAAGUGAAUUGA